AUGAAGGGUUUCAGACAGAGAGUGCAUGAGCAGUUGUCGCGGGCGAAAGACGCCAACAAGUCCUCGAAAAAGAAAGAUUCCAACUCCCAGAACCAGGCAUCGCUCGGCAUUCACCAAACACAGCAAUCUUCAUCCCCCAACCAAGGUACCCCCACCUCGUCCACAACUUCCUUGAACGAUUCGCGAAACAAAUCUCCGGACAAUGCCUCACCCGCCGGAGCCGCUGCUGCGGGCGCGCCUCACCCCGGCACUCCAGUCCAACACCAUAUAGGUCAAGCUGGCGUGGCAGCUCAGCCCGCAAGCAAUGGACCAGGAACCCCCACUAGACAAGGGCAGCCUGUAGCUCCUAGUGUCAUCAUCAGCCCAAGUGCACCGCAUGUUCCUCCCCCUGGAGCCGCUGAAACGAUGCCCGGAGACCUCGCACCCCCGAGAAAGUCUCACGUCUUUGACCGGCUACAGACCACACCAAAGGACAUUUCGGAAGGAAUUCGAACCCCCAAACGCCAGCAUUCGUCUCGCUUUGAUAUCUCUGAUCAGCGCCAGAGAGAAUUGGAGAAGCUGCCGGGCUUCCACGAAGUGCCUCCUAAUCGCCGACAAGACUUGUUCAUGCAAAAGAUCGACCAGUGCAAUAUCAUCUUCGACUUUAACGACCCCACAGCCGAUAUGAAGUCCAAGGAGAUCAAGAGGCUGGCACUUCAUGAGCUCUUGGAUUAUGUUGCCAAUAACCGGUCGGUCAUUACGGAACCUAUGUACCCCCGCGUGGUCGAGAUGUUUGCCAAGAACUUGUUCCGCCCCAUCCCUCCACCUAUGACGCCCCAGGGCGAAGCAUUUGACCCAGAGGAGGAUGAACCCGUGUUGGAAGUUGCUUGGCCUCAUAUUCAGGUUGUGUAUGAGUUCUUCUUGAGAUUCAUCGAGAGCCAGGAUUUCAACACCAACAUUGCAAAGGGAUACAUCGACCAUCAGUUUGUGCUUUCUUUGCUUGAUCUGUUUGAUUCGGAAGACCCACGGGAACGUGAUUUCUUGAAGACGACAUUGCAUCGCAUCUAUGGCAAAUUCUUGAACCUGCGGUCUUAUAUCCGACGAUCUAUCAACAACGUCUUCUUCCAGUUCAUGUACGAGACUGAACGACACAACGGUAUCGCUGAACUGCUUGAAAUUUUGGGUUCGAUUAUCAACGGAUUCGCCUUGCCGCUGAAGGAAGAACACAAGCUGUUCCUGACUCGAGUCCUCCUCCCAAUGCACAAGGUAAAGAGCCUCAGCAUGUACCACCCACAGCUGGCCUAUUGUAUUGUGCAGUUCCUGGAGAAAGACUCCACAUUGACCGAAGAUGUUGUUCUUGGCUUGCUCCGCUUCUGGCCCAAGACAAACAGCACCAAGGAGGUUAUGUAUCUGAAUGAGGUGGAAGAUAUCUUCGAGGUGAUGGAUCCAGGUGAAUUUGCCAAGGUCCAAGAGCCUCUUUUCCAUCAACUGGCCAAGUCUGUUGCUAGCCCUCAUUUCCAGGUGGCUGAACGUGCUUUGUACUUUUGGAACAACGAGUACUUCUGCAACCUCGUGAGUGACAAUGUGGAGACCAUUCUCCCCAUCAUGUUCGCCCCCCUUUACGAGAACUCAAAGGGACAUUGGAACCGAACAAUUCACAGCAUGGUGUACAACGCCAUGAAGAUGUUCAUGGAGAUUAACCCCCAGCUCUUCGAUGAAUGUUCCCACGAAUAUACCGAGCACCAGAACAGCGCAGAUCAACGCGAGAAGACACGCACAGAUCGGUGGGACAUGAUAGAGCAACAAGCUAAAGACCGGAAGAAUGGCAUUCCUCCCCCACCACCCCCUGCCCUAGAUGUUCCGGAGCCUAUCGAUGAAGUAGAGGCCAUGACCCACGAGAGCCAAAAGCGGUUGAACACUUUGAAAUUACAGGAGGAACCCGAUAUCUCCAAGGAGCGACCCAGUCGGGAGGGCACCCCAAAUUCGAUCCGUGCGUUCCUAUGCGGUCUUUAUCCUUUGUGUCUGGCUCUGUUGCCCUCGUAUUUGUCUUUUGCUAAGAGACCGCGUCCGCCCAUGUACAGCCAGCGUGAUUCUAACGUGGAAACGUCCGUUUGCUCCAGACACGACGCCGAGGCUCCAUUCGAAGCAGUGGCCGGAGACGACGGAGCGGUAGCGGCAGCGAGAUUCGCCCGCGACGACGAUCGGUUGGCAGCGAGACCAGCCCUUUCCAAGGGUGCGAUCGCAAGGAUGGAGAGGAAUAUUGAGAUUUACGCCAGCAAGCUCGGCGACGAGAAGCUGGACGUGAAAGUCAGAGCUAAUGUUGCUACCGAAUUACGAGACAGCAUUGAGCCCCUAUGCUCGGGCGCAAGCUACCCCAUCUUCUUAUCGAAGUUAUGGCCGGUGUUCAAGACUAUCCUGAAGGGAGACCCGGUCUUCUUCAGCAUGUCUUAUGAACAAAAACUACGAAACUGCAUCCUCGAGACGCUACACCGAUUACCCAUGGGCUCCCCCGACGUUGAACCGUAUGCUGUUGACAUGGUGGACUUGCUGAUGGAGCUUGCGCGGAUCGAAAACGAGGACAACGCAGUGCUAUGCAUGAAGACAAUCAUGGAUUUGGAGCGGAACCAAGCAAAGGCGACUGCACACCGGGUGCAAGCUUUCUUGGAACUGAUUCAAGAGAUGUUCCAGACCAUGGAACAGGUCGUUCGGGAUACUUUCGACACUCCAAACCAAGCGACACCCUCCGGCAUGCCAUCCACGCCCAAUGCAACGGCACAGAACUUCCAGUCGCCUCGACCAAGCUCGCCUGCCACCUCAGUUUCAGAUCUAGGACCCGACCAGCAGUCGAGCAAUGUCCUUCUGAAGGGAAUGCAGUCAUUCAAGGUUCUUGCCGAGUGCCCCAUCAUCGUCGUCUCGAUAUUCCAGACACACCGUGCAUCCGUUUCGGCGAACGUCAAGCUUUUUGUACCUCUCAUCAAGACAAUCCUGCUGCUCCAGGCCAAGCCACAGGAAAAGGCACACGCAGAGGCUGCCGCGCAGGGCACGAUAUUUACUGGCGUAUGCAAGGAAAUCAAGAACCGCGCUGCAUUUGGAGAGUUCAUCACGGCCCAGGAUUUCCUUCCUACUCUUCCUUCCGUCGUUGUGCGACUUCUUCAAGACUGCCCACGAGAAAAGUCAGGUGCACGCAAGGAGUUACUCGUCGCCAUUCGUCACAUCAUCAAUUUCAACUACCGCAAGAUCUUCCUCGAGAAGAUCGACGAACUUUUGGAUGAGCGAACUCUCAUUGGAGACGGCCUCACCGUUUACGAGACGAUGAGACCGUUGGCUUAUAGCAUGCUGGCUGAUCUGAUUCACCAUGUUCGCGACCAUCUCAGUCGUGAUCAAAUCCGGCGCACCGUUGAGGUCUACACGAAGAACCUUCACGACGAUUUCCCUGGCACAAGCUUCCAGACCAUGAGUGCGAAACUCCUCCUGAACAUGGCAGAGAACAUCUCCAAGCUCGAAGACAAGCGCGAAGCCCGCUAUUUCUUGAUUAUGAUAUUGGAUGCCAUUGGUGAUAAGUUUGCAUCGAUGAACCAUCAGUUCAACAACGCUGUCAAGGUAUCUAAGGCGUACAAGGUCUACCGGAAGGAAACAGAGCCAUGCGCUGAAAACUAUCUCGCGGAGAAGGACCAGCCACCUGACUGGGAUGAAAUUGAUAUCUUCUCCGCUUCUCCUAUCAAGACUUCGAGCCCACGCGAUCGUGGUGGUGACCCUGUUUCGGACAACAUCUUCUUGUUCAGGAACUUGAUCAACGGGCUCAAGAACAUAUUCCGCCAGUUGAAGAACUGCAAUCCCGAUGAUGUUCAGAUUGACCCGAACAGCGUUCCCAUCAACUGGUCUGAAGUCUCAUACGGCUACAAUGCCGAGGAGGUCCGCGUUAUCAAGAAACUUUUCCACGAGGGAGCUCGUGUAUUCCGUUACUAUGGAGUCGAUCAGUCUCCGCCCGAUAUGAACUACUCAUCUCCAUUUGACUUCCUGGCAAGCCAGUACACUGCACCGAUGUCGCGUGAAGAGAAGGAGCUUCUGGAAAGCUUUGGCACUGUCUUCCACUGCAUUGACACCGCAACAUUCCAUGAGGUCUUCCACUCUGAAAUACCAUACCUUCACGAGCUCAUGUUCGAACAUGGAUCUCUGCUUCACUUGCCACAGUUCUUCCUCGCUAGUGAAGCCACCUCUCCCGCAUUCUCCGGCAUGGUAUUACAGUACCUCAUGGAACGCAUUGAUGAAGUCGGGACAUCAGAUAUGACAAAGGCCAAGAUUCUCUUAAGGAUGUUCAAGCUUUCUUUCAUGGCUGUGACCCUGUUCUCCGUGCAGAACGAGCAGGUGCUUCAUCCCCAUGUGACAAAAAUAGUCACCAAGUGUAUUGAGCUUUCUGUCACAGCAGAGGAGCCCAUGAACUAUUUCCUCCUCCUGCGCUCCCUCUUCCGAAGCAUUGGUGGGGGCCGGUUCGAGCUUCUCUACAAGGAGAUUCUCCCACUCCUCGAGAUGCUCCUCGAAACGUUCAACAACUUGUUACUUGCCGCCCGCAAGCCGCAAGAACGAGACCUCUAUGUUGAACUUACCCUCACCGUUCCCGCCCGCCUGAGCCAUCUUCUCCCUCAUCUUAGCUACCUAAUGCGUCCCAUCGUGGUGGCCUUGCGUGCUGAUUCAGACCUUGUUGGCCAAGGUUUGCGUACCCUGGAACUAUGCGUGGAUAACCUCACUGCCGACUACCUCGACCCAAUCAUGGCUCCAAUUAUGGACGAGCUCAUGACUGCACUCUGGGACCACCUCCGCCCCCAUCCAUACAACCACUUCCACGCACACACUACCAUGCGUAUCCUAGGCAAGCUGGGUGGACGUAACCGCAAGUUCCUCAACCACCCACCAGAGCUGUCGUUCCAGCAGUACUCUGAUGACAACCCAAGCUUUGAUAUCAGGCUUAUCGGUCCCAACGAGAAGCGACCUUUCCCUGUGGAUAUUGGCAUUGACCUUGCUGCUGGCAAGCUCAUGGAGGUUCCAAAGACUGAUUCCGCCAAAGCCUCGGACAUCUAUUACAAGCAGCAGGCAUACCGUAUGCUCAGCUCCCACCUCAAGCUUCAAAUCGGCUACGAUAACCUUCCUGACGACCUGGCAACGUUGAUUAGACUCCAUGCAAAUGAUCUCUUCGACAACAAGCCUGGUGCCAUGGCUGACAUUCUUGAUAAGUCCGAAAGGUCAGCCUCCAUUCCCAAGAAGGUGGCACAGGAAGCAAUCGUGAAGAAGCUGCUCAAGGCCUGCAUCUUUGCCACAACAAUCCCCGAGCUUGAGCCGGCUGCUACAGCUUUCGUGGCUGAUGUCUGCAAGCACUUUGCUCUUCUUGAGGUUGGCCGUGCACUAGCGCAAGCCAGACAUGGUCGCAAGGCCUUUGAUGUUGCAAGUGGCGAGGGUCCCGUUUACCUCGACUCAAAGAUUCUGGCCGAGGCUCUCGUUGAGUGUCUGUCAUCUGAUGAGGUCCACGUCCGGGAAGCUGCCGAGCAAGCCAUGCUGGUUGUCAGGGAUGCUGCGGGCGUUAUCUUUGGCUCCCCCGAGAAGGCCGCUAAACUCCCAUUCUUCCAGCACCUGGGCCGUGUCUUUUGUCACAGCUGCCACAGUGAAGAAUGGUUCACGAAAGCGGGUGGAAGUCUCGGUAUCAACUUGCUCGCGACCAAGCUGGACUUGGGAGAGUCAUGGCUCUAUGAGCGGCAUGUCGAGUUCUCUCGGGCUUUGAUGUAUGUCAUCAAGGACACCCCCGCGGACCUGCCUGCUGCCACACGCAUUCAGUCACAGGAGACCAUGUCCUUGAUACUUCAGAAGUGCGGCAAGCUCAUCCCUAAGGAAGACUUGAAGAACGAAAAGAGCCGCUUGUAUGCCCUUUGUGGCUUCUUCGUCUACGAGCUCGGGCAUAUGAACAAGCAUGUCCGAGAGACCUCUCGUCGUUGCUUCACCACAUUGAAGGAAGUGCUUGGCUGUGAGGUACAUGAGCUGAUCCUGCCAGUGAAAGACCGCCUGUUGCAGUCGAUUUUCAACAAGCCACUGCGUGCUCUACCCUUCCCAACGCAGAUUGGCUUCAUCGAUGCCAUCACGUACUGCCUCAGCCUUCACAACGACAUCGUCACCUUUAAUGAGCCCCUCAACCGAUUGAUGCUGGAGUCUCUUGCCCUUGCCGACGCUGACGAUGAAUCUCUCGCGUCCAAGCCGAAUGAGUUCAAGAACGCAGAUAUGAUCGUGAAUCUACGCGUUGCUUGUCUUCGUCUCCUGUCUAUGGCAAUGAGCUUCUCUGAAUUUGCCAACACACCGCAGAAUACUAGCCGUGCUCGCAUUAUUUCGGUCUUCUUCAAAUCGCUAUACUCCAGGUCACAGGAGGUCAUUGAAGCAGCAAAUGCCGGUCUUCGAGACGUCCUCACACAAACGAACAAGCUUCCUAAAGAUCUCCUGCAGAAUGGAUUGCGCCCUAUUCUCAUGAACCUUCAGGAUCCCAAGCGUCUCAGCGUCGCUGGUUUGGACGGUCUUGCUCGCCUCUUGACACUACUCACCAACUAUUUCAAGGUUGAAAUCGGUGCUCGUUUGCUUGAUCAUAUGAAGGUGAUCGCAGACGAUACUGUUCUCGCGAAAGUGUCGUUCAGUCUCGUUGAACAGAACCCAGCCAUGAAGAUUGUUGCUGCCAUCUUUAAUAUCUUCCAUCUCCUCCCUCCUGCUGCUACUUCAUUCAUGGAACACCUUGUCAACAAAGUCAUGGAUCUCGAGUUGAAGCUGCGUCGCACUUCACACAGUCCCUUUCGGAAGCCGCUUGUCAAGUAUCUCAAUCGCUACCCGAAGGAGAGUCUCGCAUUCUUCUUUGCGCGCUUCAAGGAUGAGCGAUUUGGACGAUUCUUCGGACAGAUCCUUGCUGAUCCCGAAAGUGAAGGGUUACGAAAUGCAAUCGUGGCCGACACUGAAGGAUUCUCUGCUGCUGCCUUUGGCCAAGAUUCUGGUGAUGGCAAGAACACUGCUGCCAUCAAUGGUAUCUAUGUUUCACACUCGCUCUGUUCUUACAGCUCAACCAAGCGCUGGUUGGUCUCGCAUGCAGAGAUGAGAACCAAGCUCUUGACUUCUGGAAGGGACCUGGAGAGGAAGCUUCGGGGUGACAGUCUGCCGGCUGAUGAGCGACUCAGAGUGGAACAGGCCGAGGACCAGUUGAUGGACAUCUUCACCUUGUACUUGGCUGAGGCUACCCACGACUUGGACUUCCUGUUCGAGGUCAUUGAUGGUUUGUCUGCUGACGAACUAAAGCGUACUCUCGCUCUUCCUAAGUUCAUCUACCGCAGCAUAAUCUCCAACGAGUCGAUUGACUACCGUCGCUCUGUCAUCAUGCGUUGUCUCGAUCUCUAUGGCCAGAAGAGUUGCCCACAGAAGACCAAGACCUAUGCCUUCCGUCACCUGGUGAAUCCCAUCUUUGCUAUGGACGUCAAGGCUACCUGGAACAGCCCUCCCAACACCCCCAAGUUGAUGGAUAAGAGCAUGACCGAGUCCAUUCAGAGCCGUUUGUGGAAGCCUCAGCUCGCGGAUUUGAGCGAGGAGUCCAAUCAAGCCGGUGUUGAUCAUUCGCGCAUGGAGUUGCUCCAGCUAUCCGCUUUGUUGAUUAAAUACCAUCACCAAACGGUGCAAGACUCCCGCAAAGACAUCAUCAAGUUCGCCUGGAACUACAUUCGACUUGAGGACAUCAUUAACAAGUAUGGUGCCUACGUCUUGAUCAGUUAUUUCAUUGCACACUAUGAAACACCGUUCAAGAUUGUGAUCCAGGUCUAUGUCGCUCUGCUGAGAGCUCACCAGAACGAAGGUCGAGCCCUUGUCACGCAGGCUCUUGAUGUCUUGGCUCCUGUCCUCCCCACGCGGACAGCCAACAGUUCAGGAGCAGAGGCACGGUACCCACUGUGGGCCAAAUGGCCUCGUCGUAUCCUGGCUGAGGAGACUGCCAACUUGCAGCAGGUGAUGAGCAUCUUCCAGUUCUUGGUUCGGCAGCCGGAUCUGUUCUACGAAUCAAGGGAGCACUUUGUGCCUCUUAUCGUUCCCUCCCUGAUCAAGAUCACAGGCCCACCCAACACUUCUAACGACAGCAAGAAGCUGGCGCUCAACUUGAUCAGCUUGAUCUGGCACUGGGAAGAGAAGAGGGCGCACAACGCCGAGUCUCACAGCUUGACCAACGGGAACUCUGAGUCUCCAGUGGCAAGAAAGCGCAAAUUGGAUGAAGUUCAGGAGCCAUCGCCAUCUCCCGCCCUUGGACCCCCGAGCAGCCGAGAACGUUCUGACUACACAGUGCCCACCGAUCUACGUGCGGCAUUGAUCAAAUACCUCAUCACUUUCAUCACUACCAUCCCCGAACGUUUCUCUGUUCCGGCUGCUCAAAUCCGCUCAAUGCCUACGUCCAAGCAGCAAAACCCUGUGCCUACCGGUGAAAUGAUUAACAAGGCCAUUCACCUGCUUCGCAGCCUUCUCUCACCUGAAUACUGGGGCGAUCUCGACAUUGACCUAUAUCAAAAGGUCACUGAGCCUAUUUUGGUUGGAGAAAAGGGCGACAAGCCUGAGGACAAGAUUACCUACAUGGUCAACACACUGCAGGUAUUGAGAGUCCUCAUCACAACCAAGCCAAACGAGUGGAUCGCCGCUCGUCUCCCUACCAUCCAGAAACUUCUCGAGAAGCCUCUGAAGUCGGAUAACCCCGAGGUUCAGGAUUGUUUACAUGGACUAGAAGAUGACAUGGAGAUUGUUCACAAGCUGCCGCCUCCUGUUCGUUAUGUCCUGGAGGCCAUUCCCGAUGAACAGCCAGAUGACGAGGAUGCCAUGGAUACGGAAGGCGCACCGUCGGAGUUUGCUACCUACUUGUCUGCCAUCGCGACAGAGACGCUCUCAGCCAACAACUACGUCUCAAGCCUGAAUACUUUGUGGACGCUCUCCAAGAUUAAACCGGCUGAGAUUGAUACCCACAUUCCCGCUGUCAUGAAGGCGUUCUCUACAAAGCUGGCAAAGGAUCAUGUUGCUGCAUCCACCCAGAACGGCGCCCAGCUCCAGAACGGCGCCGCCAAGCCUGCUGAAGGCACUCCCACUACCGACCAGCAAGAGUUUGAGCUGGGUGUCGAUCUCAUUCUCAAGACUAUUGAACUCAUUUCUGUUCGCAUGUCUCAUCUUGGUGACCAGCGGCGCCCGUUCCUCAGCGUUCUGGCACAGAUUGUCGAGCGCUCACAGAACAUCGAGCUGUGCAGCAAAAUCUUAAGUAUGGCCGAGUCAUGGAUCUUCCAUUCUACCGAGUCCUGGCCGACCCUGAAGGAAAAGACAGCUGUGUUACACAAGAUGCUACUUUUCGAAUCUCGACCUGAUCAGACGAUGCUGAAGAAGUUCCUUGAUCUCGUCAUUCGGAUCUAUGAGGACUCCAAGAUCACUCGUACCGAACUGACAGUCCGCUUGGAGCAUGCUUUUCUCAUCGGCGCAAGAGCACAAGAUGUUGAAAUGCGCAAUCGGUUCAUGCAGAUCUUUGAUCGAAGCUUGACCCGCCUUGCAAGCUCGCGCCUCAGCUAUGUCCUGACUUGUCAAAACUGGGAUACUCUUGCCGACUCUUUCUGGCUGGCACAAGCAUCGCACUUGGUGCUUGGAUGUGUCGACAUGAACACCACUGCCCGCUUGCACCACGAAGACUUCACCCUCUUCCCUGUGUCAUUCCUCUUUGGCAGCGCCGACAAGGACCCCAGAAAGGCUGAUAUCAUGGUCGACAGCCAGCUUGAAACCUUUGUCGCUGAACGCAAGAAGUUCAUGUCGGACAUUGGCGACGUCAGAACUCGGGAUUUAAUUGAGCCUCUGUGCCAGCUCCAGCACACCGACUCGAAUGUUGCCUACAAGCUGUGGACUACGCUCUUCCCUAUCUUCUGGUCCACAUUGUCGAAGGAGGAUUGCAUUGACCUCGAGAAGGAUAUGGUCACAUUGCUCACUCGCGAGUACCACCACAGACAGCUCGAUAAGCGCCCCAAUGUUGUUCAAGCUCUUCUUGAGGGCACCGUCCGUGCUCGUCCUCGGUUCAAGAUCCCUCCCCAUGUCGUGAAGUAUCUCAGUCGGACUUACGACGCUUGGUAUACCGCUGCUACCUACCUCGAACAAACCGCCAUCGAUCCUAUCAUCGACACACCUACGGUGCGUGAAAGUAACCUCGAUGCCCUCGUUGAGGUUUACGCAGGUCUGCAAGAAGACGAUUUCUUCUACGGAACAUGGCGUCGUCGAUGCAAGUUUGUCGAAACCAAUGCUGCGCUUUCGUAUGAGCAGCAAGGAAUGUGGGACAAGUCUCAGCAGCUAUACGAGAACGCUCAGAUCAAGGCUCGUUCCGGCGCCAUGCCAUUCUCUCAGGGUGAAUACUUUGUAUGGGAAGACCACUGGUUGAUCUGCGCCCAGAAGCUCCAGCAGUGGGAGAUUCUCAGCGACUUUGCCAAACAUGAGAACUUGAACGACCUCUUGUUGGAGUCGGCCUGGCGAAACAUUGAGAACUGGCAGAGUGAAGGAAACCGAGAGCAGCUUGAGUCAUUGAUCAAGUCCGUCUCCGAUGCUCCUACACCCAGACGCACAUUCUUCCAGGCCUUCAUGGCUUUGCUUCAAUACCACACGAAGAAGGAGAACAUUCAAGACUUCAACAGCGUCUGCGACGAGUCCAUUCAACUCUCGAUCCGGAAGUGGCUGCAGUUGCCCAAGCGUAUCACGAACGCCCAUAUCCCGAUACUGCAGCACUUCCAACUCUUGGUCGAGCUGCAUGAUGCCAGUCAUAUCUGCGGAAGCUUGUCUCAAACCAACGAGCGGAACUUGGACACCAAGUCUGCUGAACUCAAGCUCUUGCUUGGAACCUGGCGGGACCGUCUGCCCAAUCUCUGGGACGACAUCAAUACAUGGCAGGACCUUGUCACUUGGCGUCAACACAUCUUCCAGCUGAUCAAUGGCACCUACCUCAGUCUGUUGCCCCCACAAACCAAUAAUGUGGCUAGCAAUUCAUAUGCCUACCGAGGAUACCAUGAAACAGCCUGGAUUAUCAAUCGCUUCGCCCAUGUGGCUCGUAAGCACCAGAUGCCAGAGGUCUGUAUAAACCAGCUCAGCCGCAUCUACACCCUCCCGAACAUUGAAAUCCAAGAGGCCUUCCUCAAGCUUCGGGAGCAAGCCAAGUGUCAUUACCAGAAUCCCAAGGAGUUGAACAGCGGGUUGGAUGUGAUCAACAACACCAACCUCAACUACUUCGGACCGCAGCAGAAGGCAGAGUUCUACACCCUCAAGGGUAUGUUCCUUGCCAAACUGGAUCAUGUCAACGAGGCAAAUGAGGCGUUCGGUGUUGCCCUCUACUACGACCUCCGCCUUGCCAAGGCUUGGUCUGAGUGGGGGCAAUACAGUGACCAGCGGUUCAAGGCUGACCCAACUGACUACGAGCUGGCCAGCAAUGCAGUCAGCUGCUACUUGGAGGCGGCUGGUCUCUACAAGAGUGCCAAGUCCCGGAAGCUGCUCAGCAGAAUCUUAUGGCUUCUCAGCCUGGACAACGACGAAGGCAAGAUUGCAAGUGCUUUCGAGAACUUCAAGGGAGACACCCCGGUGUGGUACUGGAUUACCUUCAUUCCGCAGCUUCUUACCAGCUUGUCUCACCGUGAGGCUCGCCUCUGCAAGGCUGUUCUGGUUAAGAUUGCCAAGCUCUACCCACAGGCUCUCUUCUUCUUGCUUCGUACCAACCGAGAGGACAUGCUAAGCAUCAAGAAACAGCAUGACCAAAAGCAAGAGAAGAUCAACCGGGCCAGACAACAGCAGCAAGGAUCAUCGCCAAGUGUCAAGGCCACUCCUGGUGCGGAUGGUUCACCUGCUCAGAAGGCUCAGGCUGCCGCAGGUGCUAAUGCUUCACCAUCAGUCCCUCCUGCGAACUCGCCGGCUACACAGAACACUGUGCCGCCGCAGAGCCAGUCCCCAGCCCAGCCUCAAAACUCUGUUCAGGCAUCGCCUCGUCCAGGGCCAGGUCAAAGUCCACAGGCUGGCCAGACUCCGGAUCAAGCUCACUUGCAAGUCCCAGGUCAAAACCGAACCCCUCAGAACCCUGCUGCACCUGCAACGGACGAGAAGGAGCCUCUCAAGAAACCAUGGGAGUACUCGGACGAGAUCAUGUCGGGACUCAAGACUGCCUUCCCCUUGCUUGCUCUCUCUAUGGAGACCAUGGUUGACCAGAUCCACAAGAACUUCAAGUGUCCACCCGAUGAGGAUGCUUACCGUCUCAUUGUUGCUCUUCUGAACGAUGGCCUGGCUUACGUGGGUCGUAUGCCAGGGUCUUACGCCCAAGACUUCAAGUUGCCUGCUGCCACUGAGGCCAACAUUACUCGCUUCGCAGAGACCAUUCUUCCGGCUCACAUCCGCAAAUCUUUCGAGGCGGACUUUGUUGUCAAGAAGCCUACUAUGAACGAGUACAUCCACAAGCUCCGGCGCUGGCGUGACAAAUUCGAGGAGAAGCUCGAUCGCCGUCCUCAGCAAGGGUUCCUCGAGAGCUACUCGCCGCAUCUCAGUGAAUUCCGCUUCCUCAAGUUCGAUGAGGUUGAGGUCCCUGGCCAGUACUUACUCCACAAGGACAAGAACCAGGACUUUGUACGCAUCGACCGUUUCCUUCCCGAUGUGGACCUGGUCCGCGGCAUUGGUGUCUGUCACCGCAGGUUGAAGAUUCGAGGACACGACGGCAGUGUUCAAGCAUUUGCCGUCCAACAUCCCGCCGCCCGCCACUGCAGACGCGAGGAGCGCAUUCUUCAAUUGUUCCGGAUCUUCAAUGGCCUGCUCGCGAAGCGCAAGGAGAGUCGCCGCCGCAACUUGUACUUCCACUUGCCGCUCAUGGUUCCACUGGCACCACACAUUCGCUUGGUUCGCGAUGAUUCUUCAUACAUCUCUAUGCAGGGUAUCUAUGAAGAUUACUGCCGAAGAAUGGGAAUGAACAAGGAUGAGCCAGUGCUCUUCACAAUGGACAAGAUGAGGUCAUUGGCAGAGACAAAGCAGAACCGCUCGACCGAUCAACAGCAGAUUCUUCGCACGGAAAUCCUUACCGCCAUUCAAGACAAAUGGGUCCCCAGUACUGUCAUGUUGGAAUACUUCCAGCAGACAUACCCGAACUUCUCAGACUUCUGGCUGUUCCGUCGCCAAUUCGCCUACCAAUAUGCGGCAGUGGCUUUCAUGACCUAUGUGAUGCACAUUGGCAACCGAUAUCCCAACAAGAUUCUGGUAUCUCGCUCGACUGGUGACAUCUGGGGUGCCGAAUUGAUCCCCACUAUCAACCCUGCCAAGGCGUUCUUCUACAACCCCGAGCAAGUACCCUUCCGCUUCACACCCAACAUCCAAACCUUCCUGGGUCCUAUUGCAACUGAGGGUGUCUUCGCCUGCGCAAUGAUGGCAAUUGCCCGUUGCCUGACAGAGCCACGCCACGAACUGGAGCAACAGCUCAGCGUCUUCGUGCGCGACGAGAUGAUGUUCUGGGCUACCGCACAGCACCGCAGUCCCCUCCCAGUGGGACAACUGCGCGAUCUAGUCUACAAUAACAGCGAGAUCAUCGUAAACCGUGCUGUCAGUCUUGCCAGUCCUCCAGAGGGCAACCUGCCUGCAAAUCAGACUACCAUCGACCUGAUCUCCAAGGCAGUCAACCCUCAGCACCUCGCUUCGUGCGAUGCGUUGUGGAUGCCAUAUCUCUGA